AUGCGCUGGGGGGUUCUUCCAUUCCCUGAUCUUAAGCAGGAACACAAUUCAUUUGCCUGGGGCUGCUCCCCAGGGACUUGUCUUCAACUGCCGCAUCCCCCUGGACCGGGCCGUGAUGCAACGUGUGACGCUGCCUCCCGCCCGCGGGCUAAGGGUCCGGCGUGGCGCCCUCAGGGCUCCCGCUGCGCCCUUCGGUGCUGCGCCCUUCGGUGCUGCCCCGCUUCCCCUCGGAGAAGGAGGCCCGCUCCGCCGGUUCACCUCAGCCGCUUCCGACCCCGCCGCUGGAAGGGGCAUCCCGCCGCUCCCCCACCGCGGGCCGGCACCGCCCAGCCGGCGCGGCUGCCGCAGCACACCGCAGAGCCGCUACCCGGGGGAGGCCGCGGGGGGCUCCGGAGGAGGCGGGAGGGAAGGGUCCCCGCGGGGGAUGGGAGCGGUCGCGGUCCCGUUCCCGUCCUCUGGGACACGCACCCCGCGACCGGGGGGUGGGUGAAAGGAGCGCCCUUUGGCCAGGCGGGGCUGCGAGGCGGGACCGUGGGGCCGCCGGGAGUGGUGACGUGUCCCCCGGCCCCGCCCCCGCGCAGGGUAUAUAAGGGGUGGCGUUCACGCUGUCGGUCUUUUUCGCUACGGGUUUGCCGCCGCCUGCCAGGUGAGCUGCGGCCGCGGGACAGGCCGGGUCGGGCCGAGACCGACCCGACCGCGGGAGGGGCAGGGGGCCUGCGCACCCCGGGGGCCUGGCGAGCGCCGAGCCCGGGCGUGGCCGCGACCGCGAAGCGGUGCGCUGGGAAUGGGGGCCGAGGGGCAGGGGGAAGGCGGGAGCGGGGCAGGCGGGAGGGUGUACGUCGGGGUGGUGGCGACGCAUCGUCCUCUUCAGUCCCACUCCCUGCUUCCCUACCGGGCUGGGGCGAAGGGAGCGGCGUGCCCACGCCGGCGUAG